AUGUCGACUAAAUUGGACUCACUGAAGCUACCAGUACCGUGGAAAAAAUGUUUAUAUUGUAAAGAUAUACAGACAUCGGUGUUCAAAUCUCCCCGAGAAUUCUGUCAACAUUUGAGAGACUUCCAUUGUACCAAGGAAGGUGGGUCGUAUGUUUGUCGAUACGGAAUGAAUAAUGUUUGUCAGUCUUUACCUGUUGAUGGUGUAAGUGACAAAGAUUAUGAAGACCAUGUAGCCAAAGAUCAUGUUUAUAGUGGCACAGGUGGAGCUAGGAAUAAAGUGGUAGCAAGAAUAAGUCCUUGUGUAGAUUCUGCGUCAUCUGUUAAUACUGAGCCAUGUAUUGUACAAGAUCAGUUUAAAUGGACUAUAUAUAAUGCCUCUGUUAAUCUACCAGCUGUCUUGAAUAAUCCCAGAUUAGCUAAACGAGAAACUGAUUUUUUCACCAAAACGUGGGGUAGUGACUUUGACCAUGCUGAAAUUUAUCCCUCACCUUACAUCCCUGAAAUUACACCUGAUGAUUUUGAUCAUUAUUUACAGAAGACUUCUGUUCGCCACAGAAAACAUAUGAGAAAUUUGAAAAGAUUAGCACAAGAAGAAGAAAAAGACACAUAUCCUUCUCAUAAUAUUAAAGAAUUAGAAAAGAACAGAGAGGAAUUAAAUCAAGUUCCAAAGUUAUUUAUGUUACCUAAUUUUAGUCUUGAAAACCUGGACACGUUUAGUGCUGUAUUUCCCUGGUUAAUAGAUUCUAAUUCUGAUAAUAAUACUACUAGACAAUCUUCUAAAUUACUACAAGAAAAGUUAAGCCAUUAUUUAGAUAUAGUAGAAGUGCAGAUAGCCAAACAAAUUUCUGUCAAGUCAGAUGCCUUUUUCCAUGCUAUGACAUCACAUGAUGAAUUACAAGAGCAAUUGUUACAUACCUGUCAGGCAAUCAAAAAACUCAGGGACAAGACCCACACUGUUGAUGAGAAUCUAGCUAAAGGUCAAUUAAAAUUAAUUAAAUUAUGUAGGUCAAGAGCUAAUUAUAUACAUCUUUAUAAUAAAUUAAAAAGUAUGUCAGCUAUACAUCAAACACAACAGAUAAUACAAACAUUAUUAGGUACUAAUGAAUUUGUGGGUGCCUUAGAUCUUAUAUCAACUACACAAGAUAUCUUAAAUCAACAUUUAGCUGGUAUACACAGUUUUAGACACCUGGGUUCUCAGUUAAGCGAGUUGGAAAAGUUAAUAGAUAAAAUGUUACAGGCUGAUUUCUGUAAAUAUAUAUCAGAGGAACUCAACAGACCUGUUACUGAUUUACAACGUUUAGCUGAAGAGGAGAAGCUAGUAUCAAUAGUAUUUGGAAUGCUCAAACAGAAUAAUUUUAGUUUUAUUGACACUUUUAAAGAUGAAACUUUUACAUCAAUUAAAGCUAUAGUUAAACAAACUGUAGUAGAACAUGUAUGUGUAUUAGAUGAUGGAGAUAGUGAUGGUAUUGUAAGAGGACUGGGAGACCAAAUGAGAUUAUUAGACUAUCCUCAAUGGACUGAUUUAUUAAAAGACUUAUUUUCUAAUUUAUUAGUAAUAUUAGAAAGAGCUAAGGCAUUUAGUGGUGUAGUUAGUGAUGUUAUUGGUAUAUCUGCUGGACGGACUAAAUCUCCCAGUCCAACUAUUUCACCUAUACAUAAACCUAAUUUACAAGAACCUACUCAUAUAAAUGUUCCAGUUGACUCUGAUGUAGAUAUGAAUCUAUUAAGUGAUAGUGAUUAUAUGAAAUCUAUUGGUAAUUUAAAUGAUAUGUUAUGUUCUGUUUCUAGUGACUCUGAUGUAGAUAUGAAUCUAUUAAGUGAUAGUGAUUAUAUGAAAUCUAUUGGUAAUUUAAAUGAUAUGUUAUGUUUUGUUUGUGACUAUGCUCAUGAUAGAUGUGUCAGAGUAUUUUCAGCAAGAGCAAAGGAUGGGUUUUUAGAGAAGCUAUCAUUAAGUGAAUUUGUAGCACUAUCAAGAUUAGUAGAAGACUUUGUUACAGAUUGUGAGAAUAUUUGUGGUAGAAAGAGUAUAUCAUUACGAGCUAUCUUACAAACACAGUCUAAUAGAUUUAUCUGUAAAUUCCAUGAGGAAAGAAAAUCAAAAUUAAGUUUAAUAUUAGACAAUGAAAGAUGGAAACAAGCUGAUGUACCAGUAGAAUUUCAAGAUUUAGUAGAUCAUAUCAGUCAAUCAGGUUGUUUAACUAUACCAGAACGUAGAAAUGAUUCAGACAGAAAACCUCAAGAAUAUUUAUUGGUUGAUUCAGAAAAAUUUGCAGUUGUUGGAACUGUAUUAAUGUUAGUCAAGAUGAUAGUAGAAUAUUGUCAAUGUUUAGAUGACAUACCAAACACUGCUCCUGAUCUCUUAACUAGACUUAUAGAACUAAUAAAGAAUUUUAACUCAAGAACGUGUCAACUAGUCAUUGGUGCUGGAGCUUUAACAAUGGUGGGAUUAAAAACUAUUACCACUAAAAAUUUAGCCCUAGCCUCCCGCUGUCUUCAAUUAAUAGUGCAUUACAUACCAAAAGUCAAAAACCAUUUCCAAGAAAAACUACCCCAGAAAAACCAAAAUAUGCUCAAAUACUUUGAACAGGUUGUGAAUGAUUAUGAAAAUCAUAUAGAAGAAAUAAAUAACAAGUUUGUUUCUAUUAUGGAGAAAGAAUUAGAAAACAGAUUAUUUAAGUAUGAAGUUAAAGCACCCAUGCCAUCAAAUUGUUUUCGUACUAUCUGUAAAAAUAAUACUAAGUUACAUGAAGCUUUAAUAGAUAUAUUACCAGUAUCUCAGGUUAAGUUAAUAUUUAAAAGAAUAAAUGAAGUAUUUAAGAGAAUAUUAGAACAACAAUUAUAUAAAUUAGGAGUCAGUAAUGAUGGAGGACCACAACAUGGGCUAGUGAUGUCAGAUUUAGUAUUUUAUUCAGGAAGUUUUAAAACAUUAAAAGGUUUAGAGUACAUUGUUGUUGAUACUAAUGAUAUAUGGAGAAAGAGGUGA